AUGCAGAAGACGAAGACCCAGCACCCAAUGAGGCGUCUUAGCCUUUCUUUUCUCUUUUGGAAUUUUCAUUUUUUUUUCUUUUCCACGCUGACCAUUUUUCUUUAUUUUCUUUUUCUUGCUGUUUUUUAUUCUUUCUCUACGUUUAUUUUGUAUCUUACUCAUUCUUUCUUUUAUUUCUGUCCCCUUUUUACUCUUCCUUGCUUUUUCUGUCUCCUUUUUGCUCUUCCUUGCUUUUGCCGUCCCCUUUUUACUCUUUCUUGUUUUUUCUGUCCCCUUUUUACUCUUUCUUGUUUUUCUGUCCCCUUUUUACUCUUUCUUGUUUUUUCUGUCCCCUUUUUACUCUUUCUUGUUUUUUCUGUCCCCUUUUUACUCUUUCUUGAUUUCUGUCCCCUUUUUACUCUUUCUUGUUUUUUCUGUCCCCUUUUUACUCUUUCUUACUUGUUUGUGUCUCCCUUUUUCUUUCUCUCCAUCCUUCUUUUUCUCUUCUUUCUUUCUUUUUACUUGUUUCCUUCCUUCCUUCUUUCUUUCAUUUAUUCGUUCUUUCUUUCCUUCCUUUUUCUUUCUUUCAUUUUCCUUUUUCUUUCUUUAUUGUCCUCCUACCUUCUUUCUUUUUCUUCUUCUUCUUCUUCUUCUUGUUCUACCUUUACGCUAAUUUUUUCUUCGUCUUCUCGUCUCCUUUUCCUUCCUUUCUUCUCCCCCUUUCUUCUUUUGUCUUACUUUUUUCUUUUUUUAUUCAUUGUCCUCCUACUUCUUCUUGUUCAUUUACUCCUCCUCCUCCUCUUCUUCUACUUCUUUUAA